GGUGACCGUCCUGUGGCAGAACUGAAGUUUUCCUCUACAUCGGAUGGCGUUUAAAUGAAUUUCCCAUCUAUAAAAUGAAGUGUUCCUGGGUCUCCGCUUUAAUCUCGACGGCCGGAAACAAUGGCGGAAGCUGUUAGGGUUUCUCAGUCCCACUUCAAAUUUAAGCACAAAUUUGAGCUUAUUAUACUCUCCCUCGCUCUUCUCCUCAGAUUCUCCAGCUCCGAGAUCAUCUUCGAAGAGCGAUUCGAAGAUGGUUGGCAGAGCCGCUGGGUUAAGUCAGACUGGAAAAGGAGUGAGGGAAAAGCUGGAUCAUUCAAGCAUACAGCAGGAAAAUGGCCUGGGGAUCCAGAUGACAAAGGCAUCCAGACAUAUCCAGAUGCAAAGCACUUUUCAAUUUCUGCAAAAAUUCCAGAAUUCACUAACAAAGACAGGACAUUGGUUGUCCAGUAUUCUAUAAAAUUCGAGCAAGACAUUGAAUGUGGUGGUGGUUACCUUAAGCUUAUGUCUGGUUAUGUCAAUCAGAAAAAAUUCGGCGGUGAUACUCCAUACAGUUUAAUGUUUGGACCUGAUAUAUGUGGUACACAGACGAAGAAGCUGCAUCUCAUAGUUUCGUACCAAGGACAGAACUAUCCUCUCAAGAAAGACCUUCAAUGUGAGACAGACAAACUAAUGCAUGUAUACACAUUUAUCCUUAGGCCUGAUGCCACUUACAGUUUACUGGUUGAUAACCGUGAAAGAGAAUCUGGGAGCAUGUAUACUGACUGGGAUAUUCUUCCCCCUCGAAAGAUUAAAGAUGUCAAUGCCAAAAAGCCUAAGGAUUGGGAUGAUCGGGAGUACAUUGAUGAUCCUAAUGAUGUUAAACCUGAGGGAUAUGACUCGAUCCCGGCUGAAAUUCCUGACCCAAAGGCUAAAAAGCCUGCUUCAUGGGAUGAGGACGAAGAUGGCAUCUGGAGACCGCCAAAGGUGCCGAAUCCAGCAUAUAAAGGGACAUGGAAGCGCAAGAGGAUCAAGAACCCAAACUAUAAGGGAAAAUGGAGGAUCCCAUGGAUUGACAAUCCAGAGUUUGAAGAUGAUCCUGAUCUAUAUGUUCUGAAACCAUUGAAAUAUGUGGGCAUUGAAGUAUGGCAGGUGAAGGCUGGUUCAAUCUUUGACAACAUUCUAAUAUGUGAUGAUCCAGCAUAUGCCAAGCAGGUUGCGGAAGAAACUGUACUGAGAAAUAGAGAGGUUGAGAAAGAGGCCUUUGAGGAAGCAGAAAAGAUUAGACGAGCUAAAGAAGAAGAGGAAGCUCAACGGGCAAGGGAGGAAGGUGAACGAAGAAGAAGAGAGAAGGGCCAUGACCGGCGUUAUCGUGAUAAGGAGCGUUAUAGAGAGAAAUAUAGAAGGCGUCACCAUGAUUAUAUGGAUGAUUAUCAUGAUGAGCUAUGAGUAGUCAUCAAUCAAGGGAGAGCAAGGAAGGAAUUGAGAUGCAUCUGUUGUUGUGUUAUCACUAAUGUUAGUUAUUGUUUUCUGUAGUCUACUUGUGAAAUUUGAGUCGAAGUUUUGUGGCGCAUGCCAAAUAAUGUGGCAGCUCCACAAACCCAUUCACGUUUGACUCCAUUGAACACUGAACUUUGGUCGUACUGCUGUACUCGCUGGUUCUUGUACUCUAUGAUGCAUAUUUAUCUUCGAAGGAGAAACAAUGGUCACAACAGAGUUUGCGGAAAGUUGGAUGUUACUAAAUCAUGGAUUCUGAAGAGAAUUUGCAAGAGCAACCAGUGGUAAUAUUACAGAAGUUGGUGUUAAUGUAGGAUUCAUGAUGCGUUUAUGUGAAGCCAUCUGCACUACUGCAGAAAGAUAAAAGGAAUUGCUAUGUAAUGAUUAUAGAAAUCGUAGUUGAGGAGAAAGAAACAUUGGUGCGGUCUUAUCCCAGCUGCUUUCGGGUGGCAAAUGGAUUGAGUCGUCGUAGGACAUGACAUCGUGUCACCAAACAAAAUGCAUUCGUAAGGCUCAUCAAGCAACUUGCCUUCAAUUAGACUCCACUACCUCACCAACGAACAGUUCCUGGAAGUUCACUUACUGGGUGUUUGUUUCAAAUCCUGAAAUUUUAUGAUUUGGGUUUUAAUA